CGCCACCACACCCAACCCAGCGGCCUGCUCCUCUGCACGCAGCCAGCCAGGACUGGGCCUGAGGAAUCUCCAGUGGAGGGAGCGCUGACGGUGUCUCUUCAGCUCCCGGAGGACAGACGGCUGCGAGGUGAUCGAGAUGGCCUGGUGGAAAGCCUGGAUCGAACAGGAGGGCGUUGCAGUGAAGGGCAGCCCCCACUUCAACCCGGAUCCUGACGCGGAGACCCUCUACAAAGCCAUGAAGGGCAUCGGGACCAACGAGCAGGCCAUCACUGACGUGCUCACGAGGAGAAGCAACGCGCAGCGGCAGCAGAUCGCCAAGUCCUUCAAGGCCCAGUUCGGCAAGGAUCUCACCGAGACCUUGAAGUCGGAGCUGAGUGGCAAGUUUGAGAGGCUCAUCGUCGCCCUCAUGUACCUGCCGUACAGAUACGAAGCCAAGGAGCUGCACGACGCCAUGAAGGGCUUAGGAACCAAAGAGGGUGUCAUCAUCGAAAUCCUGGCUUCUCGGACCAAGAACCAGCUGCGGGAGAUAAUGAAGGCCUACGAGGAGGACUACGGGUCCAGCCUGGAGGAAGACAUCCAAGCAGACACCAGCGGCUACCUGGAGAGGAUCCUGGUGUGCCUCCUGCAGGGCAGCAGGGAUGACGUGAGCGGCUUUGUGGACCCAGGACUGGCCCUCCAAGAUGCACAGGAUCUGUAUGCAGCAGGCGAGAAGAUUCGCGGGACUGAUGAGAUGAAAUUCAUCACCAUCCUGUGCACGCGCAGCGCCACUCACCUGAUGAGAGUGUUUGAGGAAUAUGAGAAAAUCGCCAGCAAGAGCAUUGAGGACAGCAUCAAGAGUGAGACCCAGGGCUCGCUGGAGGAGGCCAUGCUCACAGUGGUGAAAUGCACCCGGAACCUCCACAGCUACUUUGCGGAGCGACUUUACUACGCCAUGAAGGGAGCUGGGACGUCCGAUGGGACCCUGAUAAGAAACAUUGUUUCAAGGAGCGAGAUCGACUUAAAUCUUAUCAAGUGUCAAUUCGAGAAGAUGUAUGGCAAGACCCUCAGCAGCAUGAUCAUGGAAGACACCAGUGGCGACUACAAGAACGCCCUGCUGAACCUGGUGGGCGGCAACCCCUGAAGGCUCAGAGGACGAGAGCAAAGGCCAAGAAGCCAGAGCCACCAGGCCCUGCUUGCUCAACCUUGGCCAUGGAUGCGGGCGGGGGGUGGGGCACAGCAAGACCUUCAGUCUUCUAUCUCCCAGCUUCCGGUGCUUUACAGCCAGUUUUUCCAACCCAGGGGGGAGGGAUCAGCCUAGGCCACCUCCCUCCUCCAUCCUCCCAGGACAGUUCCAGGAGGCAGCACAUCGCCAACCUCAGCACCCACCUAGCCUGCCAAAGGGCUUGGUGUAAAGGGGUCUGCAGGGGCUCGUGGUCCUUUCUUCCUGCCUUACACAGGUGCUUCCCAAGCUUGGUUGAUCAGGGUCCCUUGGGCACAGGUUACACGGAUACCCAGCCCCACCCCCAUCCAUGAGUCUGGAUCUGCAGAGAAGGGACCAGGAAAUGUGGAAUUUUAAUAAGCAUCUCAGCCGAUAUGCUUCUCUUUCAAGAACCAGAGAGAAGGCUGUGAGAGCCUGUUUCAGAGCACACACUCCUGGCAGCUGAGAAAAGGACACACAUAUCCGGGCCAACUGGGAUGUCACUAACAUUCAUUCACCAGCCUCAUCGAAAAAUGUUAGGCUAUAGGUAGCAAAAUUCUCUCAGCGUCCUACUAACCAAGAAAGCUACGGAUCGGUGUCCAGACCCAAGGACGCUGUACUCCAAGAGGCCCAGCCUUCCCCAGUCAUUGAUCAAAUUAGCUGAUUUUUCCUCCCAUGGCAUGAACACGGAGCAUCUCUUAACCCAACUGAAUGGUGACCGGAACUGGUCAUUGGGAGAAGCUGAGAUGCCUGUGCUGUGCGUUUCAGAAUAAUAAAGAUUUACACAUUCCA